UGAACUUUGACGGCGAGUUGGAACAUCUGUGUCAUUCUCGAAGGAGGAGGAAGUGAUCGGGAGCUAUCCGUUUAGGCGCUUUACUUCCCAGCCGGAAAACGUCGACUUCCCUUCUCGAAUCAACAACCAAUGGCCAUCUCCUCCAAGCCUGUCCUGAUGAUGGCCGGCAACGAGACCACCCUGUUCUCUACAACGCUGUCGCGCUCCAAAAUGAAGGCCGCGAUGUUGCUGCCCAACGAAACGUCCAUCCGUAACCUGCUCAGCAUGGGGCCUUCGGACGUGACCGGUGACGUACCGUAAGAAUCGGUUCAGCUUGGACGCGGAAGUGAGCCUACCAUAAGCAGAUGCGUUGAAUACAAAAAAACGGAAGCAACUGUUUUAAUAUUAAAAUAUUGA